AUGGUGGCCAGGCCAGAUUAUCGAUUCCCGUGCCUCACAGACGGAGUCCCUGUCGAAGACGAUGCAUUGAAAUGGGUUUCUAUAGACUUUGAGAAGCAUGCCGUGUCAAUUGCCCGGGAGGAAGAGGCAAGGACACGGCUUCUAAGUAUUGCAUGGAGUAUUCUUCUAUUCGUGUACGAUGAGAACGAAUCCGUCAGUUUCGGUCUCCUGCAUUCUGAUCGGGAAUCUUGGAUCAGGACUGAAAUCAACCAUGAGGUAGGAUGGCAGGACCUGCAAUUGCGGAAUGAGGGAGCCGUCGAUUUUGAAAAAAUUAACACAGGCGUCUGCAUUUGCGACGGGAAGGAAAUGCAGAUACCAGAGGGAGUUCAACUUGCAGCCUUGGUUGAUUGGUCACAUUCCUCGCUUUCAUUGGUAUAUCGUCCAUGUCUACUCAGUGACGGACAAGCCACCAAUGUGGCCAGCACGUUUGAUACUAUCUUACAGGCUGUCCAGGGCCCAAAUACCCCUAUCGGCCGGAUUGACGUGCUCAGCGAGCGGAAUGUAGCGCAUCUCUACAAGUUCAACGUCGUCCUUCGAGCACAGCAGGAAGACUGUCUACAUGCCAUCCUUAAGACUCAGGCGCGCGAGAACGGUGACCGAGUUGCUGUUGACGCCUGGGAUGGCAGACUUACCUAUCGAGAACUAGAUAUGUACUCGACGUCCCUCGCCACACAUCUUGCAUCCAUGGGCGUAUCGAGGACGUUUGUCCCACUUUGUGCGGAAAAGUCUGCCUGGGCAGUUGUCGCUAUACUGGCUAUCCUAAAGGCUGGGGCUGCGUGUUCCCCGUUGGAACCAUCACAUCCACGCGAUCGGCUGUUGUCGAUGGUAGAAGCUUGUGGCGCGAGAGUAGUCAUAGCCACGGAGAAGUAUGCAUAUCUCUUCCAGCGGGAUGGUGUGGCCGUGGUUAUUGCAUCUUCUCAAGUGAUCAAUCUCCCGUUUCCGCAAGAGGCACCGUCUGGCCUCAGCGCGGUACCUCGAAGCGCAGCAUUUCUAAUGUGGACGUCUGGGAGUACCGGCAAUCCUAAAGGGGUGGUUCUGGAGCAUGCUGGUCUCUAUAUGAGUAUCACAGCAUACGCAACUGCGAGCCACUUCACUGCACAGACGCGGACAUUUCAAUUCACAUCGUUCACCUUCACUGUCAGCUUAUGUGACAUCUUCGGAACGAUGAGCGCUGGGGGCUGCCUGUGCAUGCCAUCAGACUUGCAACGCUUAGACGACCUCGCCGGUGCGUUGCGAGACUUCCGAGCUUCCUUCUGUUGGCUGACCUCAACAUCCCUCGCGGGUUUGGAACCGGACGAUGUACCGGACCUAAAAAGUGUCACCGUGGGCGGGGAAAGCCUUCCACGAGAGAGAGUAUCCAAAUGGGCGCGUGGAUGCCAGUUGAAUGUAUCCUACGGCACAACUGAAACCUGCGGCUGGUGUCUAAUCAAUCCGGCUCUAACUCCAACGAGUGACUCACGGAUCCUGGGAAAGCCAAUUAUCCCAGCAGCAUGGAUCAGUCAUCCAGAUAGCCCUGACAGACUCGUUCCUGUGGGUGCCGUGGGCGAGCUGUUGAUCGAGGGCCCUUUCCUAGCGAAAGGCUAUCUCCACGAUGGCGAGCGCACCGCCGCGCAAUUUAUCCGGAAUCCUAAAUGGAUGGCGCGAUUCCGCCCUGGGGAAGAAACGAGAUUGUAUCGGACGAAUGACCUCGUGCGCCAUAACUCUGAUGGAUCAAUCAGUUUCGUGGGGAGGAAGCAAGCGCAUGCGAAGAUUAGAGGAAAUCGGAUCAAUCUCAACGAUGUUGAGCAUCAUGUACGCCGGGCGUGUGGCAUAUCAGAGGCCGUUGUUGAUGUUAUCCACACGGUAGAUCAUGUAGACCUGUUGACUGCCUUUCUGCUGUCUUCUCCAGAACGGCAGCCGUUAGAUGGCUCCAUCAUCCAACGUGCUGAUGAAAGCUUCCGACGGGUUGUUGGCAACGCUUUAUCAGCGCUGGAGAAUUCACUGCCGAGUUACAUGAUUCCCAGUGCAUUUGUGCCAAUAUCGCGAAUCCCUCUGACACGCACAAACAAGACAGAUCGACGGUUGCUGCGCGAACAAGCCGAGUCGAUGAGUAGAGCUGAAUUGGUUCAGCUCAGCACGACUGGUGAGACAUUGGCCAAGUCCCCCUUGUCAAAGAAGGAACAUAUUAUGUGCAGUUUGUGGUCUGAUUUGACAGGCGUACCGGUCGACAGCAUUGGCGCGAAUGAGAAUUUCUUCCACGUUGGAGGGGAUUCCGUGCUGGCUAUUCAGUUGGUGCCGAUUGCUAGGCAGCAUGGACUUUUCCUGACUGUUAUGGAUGUCUUUCAGCAUCCGACUCUGAGAGAGCUGGUCGCUUAUAUAAGUGAGCAGGCAGAGGAGGAACCAAAUUCUCUUUUGGUGACGAACUUUUCUAUGGAAGAUCUCAAACCGGAGGCUGCCAGACUGUGUGGCGUUGACGUCGACGAUAUCGAAGAUAUGUACCCCUGUACAUCAUUGCAAGAGGGCUUAAUGGCUCUUUCGGCACAAAGGGCAGGGGCUUAUGUUCUCCAGCUGACAUACGAUAUCCCUCCGGCUGUCGAAUUGGAUCGCUUUCUUAAGGCCUGGCAGACAGUCGUCACGGCGCUCCCAAUUCUACGGACGCGUAUCGUGCAGCUGGGAAGACACGGGUUCAGUCAGGUUGUUGUGAAGGAGUCAUUGGACUGGAACACUGUCAACAGCGAAGCCGAGUACCGACAGUCGAAUAUGAUGAAUCCAAUGGGUCUGGGAUCUCGAUUGGCACGGUUCACCCUGCUCCAGACGGACUCCCGACCAACUUGUCUUCUACUUACAGCCCAUCACUCAAUUUUUGACCGUUGGUCUACCUCUCUCCUUCUCAAGAUGGUUGAUCAGGCUUACCGGGGACAGACCGUGGAAACACAGAGCUUUAAGAGCUUCGUAUCCUAUAUCUACUCCCGUCCCGUUGAAGAGCACGACGGAUUUUGGAAAGACCGACUCUCUGAUGUUAACCACACUGAAUUCCCCAAGCCCCCUCAAGAGUCAUAUCGACCGAACCCAAGUCGGUCAACUCGUAAAUCUAUCACCUUGAGCCCAUCGCGAAGUAACUUUACCGCUACCACCAAGCUGCGGCUCUCCUGGGCGCUCCUCCUAGCCCAACACACCGCCAACCCGGACGUCGUGUUUGGCGCUGUCUCCACAGGCCGCAGCGCACCUGUUGAGGGCAUCGAGAGCUUGGUCGGUCCGACACUCGCGACGGUGCCUUUCCGCGUCCGCGUUGAUCCCGAUAGUUCUGUCGAAGACGCACUGCAGGCGCUGCAGGAAGAUGCGGCUUCGACUCUCCCACACGAGCAGCGUGGUGUCCAGAAUAUUGCCCGGCUAGGUCCAGACGCGAAAAGGGCCUGCAAAUUUGAAAAUCUCCUUAUUGUGCAUGCUCCAAACGGAAACAGCAAAAUGACCUUGAUGGCCGAAAUGAAAGAUGAACAGUUGCCGGAGCUGUUCAGUUACGGGCUAACUCUGUCCUGCGAGGUCUUGGGCCCAGGCCUGGUUGAUAUCCAGGCGUUCUUUGAUCCGAUAAUGAUCCAUUGUGACUACGUGGAAACUCUUCUGGCACAGUUAGCGCAAGUCGUUCAGCAGGUCAAUGAGGCUCCAUGCUGUAAGCUGAAGGAUAUAAAUUUUCUGAGUCAACGAGACAAAGCUUUUUUGCUAGCAUGGCAGACCGUCCACAAACCAACGGACGCAUGUGUCCAUGAGAUUAUUCAGAAGGAAUGCUCUGGGCACCCAGAGGCAGAGGCAGUCUGUUCAUGGGAUGGAUCAUUGAGCUAUGCCGCACUCGAUAAACUUUCAUCGGAUCUAGCAGCGAGGCUCCAUUUGCACGGAGUCAAGCCAGGUGUCUUUGUGCCGCUUCUAUUCGAAAAGUCCAAGUGGACGGUUGUUGCCCUGUUGGCGGUCAUGAAAGCCGGUGGUGCAUUCGUGCUAUUGGACUCGACCUUCCCAGAAGCUCGGUUACAGUCAAUCUGCGGCCAGAUCGGUGCGUAUACUCUACUUUCAUCGCAAAGGCACAGCAGCCUUGCGAAGCUAUUAGCUCCAGAAACCAUUAUUGUCAAUGCAGAUCUGGAUUUCAUCCCGUCGGCUGGCCAACUGCCUGUCGUGCAUCCCGACGACCCAUUAUAUGCCAUAUUCACAUCUGGUUCAACGGGCACCCCCAAAGGUGUGCUUAUUGAUCAUGCGUCAUACAGUGCUGGAGCACGAGCGCACACAAUCCCCGCGUCCAUUACCUCGUCGGCCAGAGUCCUGCAGUUCUCCUCCUAUGCCUUCGAUGCCAGCAUCAUCGAGCACCUCACUACCCUGAUGGCUGGUGGCUGCGUCUGCAUCAUCUCCGACUUGGAGCGUACAUCCUCCUUGGCAGAUGCUGUGGCAGAGCGUAAAGCAAAUUGGACAUGGCUCACGCCCAGCGUAGUGCGAUCCCUCGAGCCCAGCGACUUUCCCACUCUCAAAAAUAUCUGUCUAAUGGGUGAACCGAUCUCUAGGACCGAGAUUGAGAAGUGGAGUCACUAUGUCCAUUUGAUGCAGGCGUACGGGCCGGCAGAAUGUUCUGUUCUAGCUACGUUACAGACUACUCUGACUGUGGCGUCAGACCAGCGGAAUAUCGGCCUCCCGAUGGGAGUUAAUGCCUGGAUUGUGGAUCGGGAUGAUCAUACGAAGCUCACUCCUGUUGGCGCGAUUGGCGAGCUCGUCCUUGAAGGGCCGAUCGUCGGACGGGGAUAUCUUGGAAAUACAGAGCAAACAAAAGCAGCGUUCAUUGAUCCGCCAGCGUGGAUGAAAGAAUACGAAGGAGACGCCGCCCACCCUGGAAGGGUAUACAAAACAGGAGAUAUAGUUCAGUACGCGCCACAGAUGGAUGGGUCACUGCGGUAUAUAUCUCGCAAAGACACACAGGUGAAGAUCCGCGGUCAGAGACUGGAGCUCGCUGAAGUUGAAUCCCACGCCCGUAGUGCCAUUACCUGGCCAUGGGAUAUCGUUAUUGAAGUUGUUAGCCGGGGAGAGCACUCAGCAUUGGCCCUGUUCUUUACGGAACAAGAGCUCUAUCAAGGAAACUGUACUAUGCUAUCUAUUACCUCCGAUCAGCAGGUACAGCUUAGACACGUCCGACAAAUCAUGGAAGCGCGGCUUCCGCCCUUCAUGGUACCAACGGUUUGGAUCCCUCUCACGAGGAUCCCUCUCUCAGCAUCCAAGAAGACAGACAGAGCACAACUGCGAAGGCUUGUAGAACACCUUUCCCCCGAUCAAUACAAGACCUACAUUCUCGUCGGCACCUUAGGGUCACAGAAGCAGGAUGUGCCGAAGGGCAGUGUGCACCAUGGUAGCAACUUCAGCGAGAAUGAGAAGGCUCUUCAAUCCUUAAUUCACUACGUGCUCGAAGGAGUAAAAGAUCUCCGACAGACGAGGCAGUUUGCGCGGGAUGAGCUGUUCACAGAUAUGGGAGGCGACUCAUUACAAGCACUUACUUUGGCGUCACUGGCGAAAAAGGAUGGGUUUUCUUUCAAUGCAGGAGAUGUGCUUACUUACACUUUGGGUGAACUGGCUAUUAUGCGGAAUGAUUGA